GGAGGGGCCGCUGGGGAAGAGGAGGAGGAAGGAAAGAAAGAAAGCGAGGGAGGGAAAGAGGAGGAAGGAAGAUGCGAGAAGGCAGAGGAGGAGAGAGGGAGGGAAGGAGCGCGGAGCCCGGCCCGGAAGCUAGGAGCCAUUCUGUAGUGCCAUCCCGAGCAACGCACUGCUGCAGCUUCCCUGAGCCUUUCCAGCAAGUUUGUUCAAGAUUGGCUGUCAAGAAUCAUGGACUGUUAUUAUAUGCCUUGUUUUCUGUCAAGACACCAUGAUUCCUGGUAACCGAAUGCUGAUGGUCGUUUUAUUAUGCCAAGUCCUGCUAGGAGGCGCGAGCCAUGCUAGUUUGAUACCUGAGACGGGGAAGAAAAAAGUCGCCGAGAUUCAGGGCCACGCGGGAGGACGCCGCUCAGGGCAGAGCCAUGAGCUCCUGCGGGACUUCGAGGCGACACUUCUGCAGAUGUUCGGGCUGCGCCGCCGCCCGCAGCCUAGCAAGAGUGCCGUCAUUCCGGAUUACAUGCGGGAUCUUUACCGGCUUCAGUCUGGGGAGGAGGAGGAAGAGCAGAUCCACAGCACUGGUCUGGAGUAUCCUGAGCGCCCAGCCAGCCGGGCUAACACCGUGAGGAGCUUCCACCACGAAGAACAUCUGGAGAACAUCCCAGGGACCAGUGAAAACUCUGCUUUUCGUUUCCUCUUUAACCUCAGCAGCAUCCCAGAGAACGAGGUGAUCUCCUCUGCAGAGCUUCGGCUCUUCCGGGAGCAGGUGGACCAGGGCCCUGAUUGGGAACGGGGCUUCCACCGUAUAAACAUUUAUGAGGUUAUGAAGCCCCCAGCAGAAGUGGUGCCUGGGCACCUCAUCACACGACUACUGGACACGAGACUGGUCCACCACAAUGUGACACGGUGGGAAACUUUUGAUGUGAGCCCUGCGGUCCUUCGCUGGACCCGGGAGAAGCAGCCAAACUAUGGGCUGGCCAUUGAGGUGACUCACCUCCAUCAGACUCGGACCCACCAGGGCCAGCAUGUCAGGAUUAGCCGAUCGUUACCUCAAGGGAGUGGGAAUUGGGCCCAGCUCCGGCCCCUCCUGGUCACCUUUGGCCAUGAUGGCCGGGGCCAUGCCUUGACCCGACGCCGGAGGGCCAAGCGUAGUCCUAAGCAUCACCCACAGCGGGCCCGGAAGAAGAAUAAGAACUGCCGGCGCCACUCGCUCUAUGUGGACUUCAGCGAUGUGGGCUGGAAUGACUGGAUUGUGGCCCCACCAGGCUACCAGGCCUUCUACUGCCAUGGGGACUGCCCCUUUCCACUGGCUGACCACCUCAACUCAACCAACCAUGCCAUUGUGCAGACCCUGGUCAAUUCUGUCAAUUCCAGUAUCCCCAAGGCCUGUUGUGUGCCCACUGAACUGAGUGCCAUCUCCAUGCUGUACCUGGAUGAGUAUGAUAAGGUGGUACUGAAAAAUUAUCAGGAGAUGGUAGUAGAAGGAUGUGGGUGCCGCUGAGACCAGGCAGUCCUUGAGGAUAGACAGACAGACAGAUAUACACAACACACACACACACCACACACAUACACACACACAUUCUCAUCCACUCACCCACACACUACACAGACUGCUUCCUUAUAGCUGGACUUUUAUUUUUAAAAAAAAAAAAAAAAAAAAAGGAAGAAAACCCUAAACAUUCACCUUGACCUUAUUUAUGACUUUACGUGCAAAUGUUUUGACCAUAUUGAUCAUAUAUUUUGACAAAAUAUAUUUAUAACUACGUAUUAAAAGAAAAAAAUAAAAUGAGUCAUUAUUUUAAAGGUAAA